AUGGUAGGUGGGCACAAUCUUAGUGUAGGUCAAGGCGAUAGUGGUGGGCCACUAAUGGAACUAAUGAAUGAAACACAGUCUUGGUCUCUUUCUGGCAUUAUUAGUUAUGGUAGAAGCUGUGCCUUAUAUGAAUUGCCUGGAGUCUACAUGAAACCUAUAUUUGCCUAUGUCUUUUUUUGCUUAUCUUUAACUACAUUUGCGUGUGAUAAUUGGUCACAAUGGUUUAAUAUCAAUAAUCCUGAUCGAAAUAAAGGAAAUGAAAUUGAACGAUUUUUAUACGUUAAAGCUGUCUAUUCAUCAUUAAAUUUCCAGGAUUUUACAGAAUAUGAGAUUCGAACAGCAAUUGAUAAUAUCCGACCUAACGAAACAGAUGAUAAUUAUGUCAUGCUCAACGAUGGAAUUAUUUGUCAUGCAACCAAGAAGAAAUGUAAUGAUUACAAGAUUCGUUUUUGUGUGAAACAAGAGUUAUCAGUGUCCUGUGGAUUACCUCACUUUGAACCCAAUGAGACAAGAAUUGUGGGUGGUUAUCCUGCUAUACCAAACUCACUUCCAUGGCAAGUAUCAAUAAAAUUCGAAGGUCGUCAUAUAUGUUGUGGUACAAUUUUGGAUUCUCACAAUAUUCUAACAGCAGCUCAUUGUUUUGCAUUAAGCUUUUUUACUUACAAGUAUACGAUAUCAACUGAAACACAUUAUUUAUCAACCGUAACAGAUAAGAUGACCUAUACUAUUGAUGAUAUUUAUUUUCAUGACGAUUAUAAUAAUGUCAUGUUUCGAAACGAUAUAGCCAUUAUACAUAUUCGAAGGAAAAUUGAGUUCAAUGAAAGAGCAAUUCCGGCUUGUUUACCAAAUUCAAUUGAACAACCUUAUCUAAAUAGACCUGUUCUUGUCAGUGGUUGGGGUGAUACGAAAAACAACACUUUUCAAAGCGACGAACUAUUACAGGCGUCACUAUCGAUUAUGGGCGAAUGUGUUAAAGUGUAUGCAUCAAUGUUUGAUAUUCAAAAUCAAGUAUGUGCUGGUGCGGAAGAUUAUAGUCGAGAUUCCUGUCAAGGCGACAGUGGUGGUGGAUUAAUGCAGAAAGAUGCGGAUAAUAGAUGGGUGGUCACAGGAAUAGUCAGCUAUGGCAAUGGAUGUGCUGUAAAAGGAUGGCCAGGAGUCUACAUGAGAGUAAGUGCGUAUCUCAGUUGGAUAAAAAAUGCAAUAACUCAACUCAAUGAGGUUUGA